GGCUAGCUAGCAGCUAGCUAGUUACGCAGUAGCGGCAGUUAGGCGUCCGGGCAGCUAGUGAAUCAUCGAGCCGAUGCCUCAGGAAACAUUAGCCCUCGCCCCCCCCCCCGCAUGAUGAGAACGCCGUCCAUUGACUCCAGUGGAUAACAUUCAUUAGAACAACCGCACGACGCCGAUGUCACGCGGCUCCCCGGCGGCCGCGGACGCAUUUUCCGUUUUUGGCCGAGCUAGCUAACCCGCUAGCAUAGCCGCUAGUUAGCCUGUUAGCAACGCCUAUGAUGGGGAGAGGAUCGAUAACGGAAGCCUAGACCCUGCAUGGCGACGGAGUGGCCGCGGUGGGAGUGAGCAGCCAAUCAGCCGAGGCCCCCGGUAGCAGCAUGGCGUCCCGCCAGAGGAACUCGGUCCGGAUCCUGUCGAGCCGGGAGCGAGGCUCCCAAACGCUGGGCUCCCAGAGGCUGCUGCAGCUGCUGGUGGAGGAGAAGGUCCGCUGGAUGAAGUGGCAGAGUCAGAAAGUGGAGCUGCCGGACAGCCCCCGGUCUACGUUCCUGCUGGCCUUCAGCCCCGACAGGACCCUGAUGGCCUCCACCCACGUCAACCACAACAUCUACAUCACGGAGGUGAAGACGGGGAAGUGCCUCCAUUCCCUGGUGGGCCACCGUAGGACCCCCUGGUGCGUGACCUUUCACCCCACCAUCCCCGGCCUGGUGGCCUCCGGGUGCCUGGACGGGGAAGUCCGCAUCUGGGACCUGCAUGGCGGCAGCGAGAGCUGGUUCACGGAGAGCAACGUGGCCAUCGCGUCCCUGGCCUUCCACCCGAGCGCCCAACUCCUCCUCAUCGCCACCAACAACGAGCUGCACUUCUGGGACUGGAGCCGGCCCGAGCCCUUCGCCGUGGUGAAGACGGGCAGCGACACGGAGAGGGUCCG